AUGCGCAAAGACUGCGAUUGUCUACCGUACGGAGUGAGGACACAGUCGACAACUGUUCAGAAGCAGAAUAGAAGUAACGACCAGGUCGUCCAGGAGAUACGACUCGAGAGGUACCAAGCAUUCCUCAAGAAAGGCUCCGUCACAAUCUACCAGCUCCCCCUCCUAACAUACGAGCAUCAAUACUGCAUUAACUGCCGACUAUUUUCACCACGCACGGUCUCGACAACCCUUCAGGGCGGCGCUUUGGGUUUCCGUGUUGACGGGACAAGAGAGGCAGGGUUGAUUAUCUUUCCACACGCGGCGAUUUUCUCUCGGCGAUGCCAUCACCCUUCUCGCGACUCAUUCUUACUCGACUUUCCGUCUGAUCGAGCCCCAGACCCGGCCAACCUAACGCAAGUACGCAGCCUCCUCGUUGGAGUUCUAGUCGGCAUCUUCUUCGUCCUCUUCGUGACGUCUCGUCUACGGCCGAACCAAACACCCGACACCCGAACGAUUCAAGACUUCUACCACAAGACGGUCCACGGAUUGGAGAGCAAGAAGCCACCGGCGCAAGGAGACAUAGCGAAUGCAGUCCAGGAUCAAGACACUGACGGCGACGUGGACGCCGAAGAUGAACAGCUGGCCAACGACCUGGCCACACGCCUGCGAGAAGCCGCGGACAAGGCCAAGGACUUAGCCAACAAGAAGGCCCCGCUCAAGCCUGAUUCUCCAAGCGAAGUCGUCGGAGUCGGCAACUCGGCUGCCCACCAGGACAGCACCGAUCACGCGGUCGGCGGAAAGAAAGCCAAGAAACCAGAAGAAGUUGGAGACGAGCCGGAUCCCGACGAAUUGCUUGCUGUCGAAGCCGAACUCAGGUCCCUUAUGAGGAAAUAUCCGGUCCUCAUCUUCUCUAAGACGUGGUGCCCAUUCUCGAAACGAGCCAAGGGUCUAUUACUGGACAAGUACGCCAUCGAACCGCCUCCAUUCGUCGUCGAACUCGAUCAACACCCCCUCGGCCGCCAGUUGCAGGAAUAUCUAGGCGAGAAGACCGGCCUGACCACUGUGCCUAAUAUCUUGGUCAACGGCGUCAGUAUGGGCGGGAGCGAUAACCUUGCCGAACUCGAUGCCAAUAAUGAACUAAUCGACAAGAUGGUCCAUCUCGGCGAUAAGAAGGUGAAUAUGAAGCAGCGUCUGCCACAGUAG